GAGUUCAAGGAAGUAGAAACCAUAGAAAUUGGGAAGACUGAGAACGGAAUUGUUCGGUAAUAAAAUUCAUAUAAAGACGAAGCAAAGAAGUUUUAGAGUUCUUCCCUUGCAUUUCUGAAUCGUCAUGGCUGCUCUUCAAUACUUGGAAUCGCUGCGCGAUACGCACCCGGAGCUCUCGGAUUGGUCCAAUUUGCUUGCGGAUCUGUACGAGAAGAAGCUCUGGCACCAGCUCACUCUGAAGCUCGAGCAGUUCGUUGGACUUGCUGUUUUCCAGGCCGAUGAUGCUUUGAUACAGUUAUAUCAUAAUUUCAUCACAGACUUUGAGACUAAGAUCAAUCUUCUCAAGCUUGCUCAUUUUGCUGUGAUAGUUUCUCGUCAGUACUCUGAAAAAGAAGCUGCCAUUGGUUUUCUUGAAGGAGUCAUUGAGAAGCUUCAAGCUACUAAAGAGAAGCGGAUAGAAGAACCAAUUGUCUACAUUAAGAUGCAAAUAGCCUUGUUUAAGCUUGAACAAGGUGACCAAAAGGAAUGCAAAAGACUUCUAGAUGAUGGAAAGAGCACAGUUGACAGUAUGACAGAUAUUGAUCCAUCUGUUUAUGCAAGCUAUUACUGGGUAUCAUCUCAGUAUCAUAAAUUUUGCCAGGAAUUUGCUGAGUUCUACAAAAGUGCUCUUCUCUAUCUGGCAUACACAUCAGUGGAGUCUCUCUCAGAUUCAUUCAAGCUGGAUUUGGCAUUUGAUUUGUCCCUUUCUGCUCUGUUGGGAGAUAACAUUUACAACUUUGGAGAGCUACUUGCACAUCCUAUAAUUAAGAGUCUUUUGGGGACAACGGUGGAAUGGCUUUACUAUAUUCUUCAGGCAUUCAAUUCCGGGGAUUUGGUUAGAUAUCAAGAACUUUGCGGGGUGCAUAACACUGCUCUACGGGCUCAACCAGCACUGGUUCAGAAUCAGAAGAGGUUGUUGGAAAAAAUCAACAUUCUCUGCUUAAUGGAGAUUAUAUUCAGUCGACCUGCUGAAGCUCGGACAAUUCCUUUGAGUGCCAUUGCGGAGCGUACAAGACUUUCUAUAGAGGAUGUGGAGCAUCUCCUCAUGAAGAGCCUUUCAGUUCAUUUAAUUGAGGGUAUAAUUGAUCAAGUUGAGGGUACGGUGCAUGUUUCUUGGGUGCAGCCAAGGGUCCUGGGGAUCCCACAGAUCAAAUCUUUAAGGGAGCGGCUGAACAGUUGGACGGAUAAAGUGCACUUUGCAUUGUCAUCCAUCGAAGCAGAAACACCUGAUCUUAUCGGAUCAUGAGUUUUUAUAAACAGGUUUUUUCUGCUUAUUGUAAGUUUGUAACAAUUUCUUAUGGGAACGUAAAUGAAAGCGGCCACGGAAGAUGAGAAAACUUCCCGAGUCAGGUGUGCAAUAGAGCCAACUUAAAUGUUCUCUGCUUGGUGUUGACUGCUGCUCUUGAAUCACCAACUGGAAGGGCGGCCUCUUGUAGGCUCGACAAUUCUUGGUUCUGUGGUUGCAUGCCUAGAGGCAUUCACGAAUUGAAAAAUAGGCUCUUUACAUGCUUUAUUGAUUAUAAA